GUUGUGUGAAUGCUGGAUAUAAAAUGAUCUUUGGAAGUGGAACCAGAUUAAACAUUGAACCCAAGGAUGAGUUCGAGCCAUCCUACUAUAAACUGAAAGAUGGUAACAACACAGAGGCAUGCCUGGCGACUGGUUUCAGCAGACAGAACGCAACAAAAUUAGACCCUAAAAAUGAGGGUCUAUUCAAUAAGUCAGAGGCCGUCCUGAUAUCAGAAGAACCACUAGAUGGCCUGUUCAACCAGGUGGCUUUGUUAAAUUCAACAAGUGAAGGAAAAUGUCAAGAGACGGAUGGUGACGGUUUGUGCGAAGAAACUUUGGAGCUAGAUCCGACAGUGAACGGCAUGACUCUGACCAUCACGAUCCUCAGGCUGAUCUUUUUCAAGACCGUCGUCUUCAACAUCGUGAUGAGCCUCCGGCUGUGGAUCAGUCAGUAAACUCUUCAGACCUUCACCAGAGAAAAACGUCGUGAUGACGGAUUCACAGAACAACUUUCUAAUUGAUUUGAUUAAACAGAGUCAUCGCUUAACUUCUUCUUUCAUCGCUGUCUUGUGUAUCUGCAUCAUGUAUAGUAACAUGUAUACACCUGUUAAUUUGUUAAUAUCAUCAUACUGCUGACAGACAUGCAGGCAUUCUGUAAUACAUGUAAUUUUUUUAUAGUUUGGAAGGUUUUUUUGCUUUUGAUGAAUACAUUUUUACUCUUUUCUGCUAAUGUAAAUUUCACAGUUACAUUUGACGUUUGACACGCAGAUUGUUUUGCUUUCAGUAAAAAAACUAAAAAACUGCUCUUUGAUGUUACAAUAAAAACUGAAAAAGGA